CGUCUAAUCCCUUCUUCCCCGCAGCUACGCCCCGUCAAAGGCACGGCGAAGAAACCACCAACCACAAAUCACACGCCAAAGGCCAAAAGCGGGGAAGAGGACGAAAGAAAGCGUCGCCGCCACGGAGCAACUCGAGCAAGCAGCCGGCGACGCGACGCGGCCGAAUCGGAGCAGGCAGUCUCGCCGGCCGGCCCAUCGAUCCCCUGCUCGGCCCCCCGAGGAACCGAUAGGGUCCAUCUCCCUGCCGGCGAUGGCGUCGUCCGUGGAUCCGUGGGUGCGGGAGUACGGCGAGGCGGCGCGCCUGGCGGACGACGUCGCCGCCAUGGUCGCCGACCGGGCGGCGCUCCCGCAGUCCGGGCCGGAGGUCAUGCGCCACACCUCCGCCAUCCGCCGGAAGAUCACCAUCCUCGGGACCAGGUUGGACAGCCUCGAGGGGAUGCUCGCCAGGCUUCCCCCCAAAUCCAUCACGGACAAGGAGCUGCAUAAGCGCCGAGACACGCUUUCAAAUUUGAAAUCUAGAGCAAAACAGAUGGCAGAAAGUUUCAACAUGUCGACCUUUGCCAACAGGGAGGAUUUGCUUGGUCAGAGCAAGAAAGCUGCUGAUGACAUGAGCAGAGUAGCCGGGUUGGAUAACCAAGGGAUUGUUGGCCUUCAGAGGCAAAUCAUGAAAGAACAAGAUGAGGGUCUUGAGAAGCUGGAACAGACAGUGCUGAGCACAAAACACAUUGCGCUAGCAGUCAAUGAGGAGCUUGACCUGCAUGCAAGACUGAUUGAUGACCUAGACGACCAUGUGGAUGGUACGAACUCGCGUCUCCAGCGUGUGCAAAAGAGGCUUGCGGUUCUGAACAAGCGCGCCAAGGGCGGCUGCUCCUGCAUGUCCCUGCUGCUGUCCACCGUCGGUAUAGUGAUGCUUGUGGUUAUUGUUUGGCUCCUCAUCAAGUAUCUGUAACCUCUGCCCAACUCAAAUCAGUUUCAAGUGUGCAGCUCUUUCAAAGAUAGUAUGGUUACUUCCGCUUCGCCAUCAUUUUGGCGAGAAAUGGAAAAUAUGUAUGCCACAUGUGCCCUUAUCGGGCUGAAAUGUGAAGUUCAGACUUUUGUA